UUUUGACUGUAAACAUCCUGCCGAUUUUAAAAGGACAGCGGUGAGCGGGAGGAAGGCGAGUGGCGCCAUCUUGGCUCUUUUAAUGAGUACAACAAGGGAGAAUUCGCUGGGAGAAAUAACCUAAUAGUUGGAGUUUCACAGAGAAAGGCGACCUGUGGGUAAACCUUACCGCAGUGUGCGUGAGCCAGGGGAACCGGGGCAAUGUUCUACGCCCACUUUGUCCUCAGCAAGCGUGGGCCGCUGGCCAAGAUCUGGCUAGCGGCCCAUUGGGACAAGAAGCUGACCAAGGCCCAUGUGUUUGAAUGCAACCUGGAGAGCAGUGUGGAGAGCAUCAUCUCACCCAAGGUAAAGAUGGCUCUGCGUACAUCAGGCCAUCUGCUCCUUGGGGUCGUGAGAAUCUACCACAGGAAGGCCAAGUACCUGCUUGCUGACUGUAAUGAAGCCUUCAUCAAGAUUAAAAUGGCUUUCAGGCCAGGUGUGGUGGAUCUUCCUGAGGAAAACAGAGAGGCAGCUUACAAUGCCAUCACCUUACCUGAGGAGUUCCAUGACUUUGACCAGCCCCUUCCAGAUCUGGAUGACAUAGAUGUUGCACAGCAGUUCACCCUGAACCAGAGCAGAGUAGAAGAGAUCACCAUGAGAGAAGACGUUGGAAACCUCAGUCUCCUGCAGGACAAUGACUUCGCUGACUUCGGUAUGGACGACCGAGACAUGAUGCGCGAUGCCAGCACAUUUGAGGAGGACAUCAUGCACGGAGCCUCAGCCUCCAACCUUUUGCUGGAGGCUGAGCCUGGCCCAGCUGCUCUCCCUGACAAGUCAAACCACAUGGAGUAUGAUGACUUUGGGGAUGGCUCCUUGGGCAACACUGAUGGGGGAAUGUUGGUUGAUAAGCUGCUGAGUUCUGAAGAUGGAGGCGGUAUUUUUGAUGAUCCUCCAGCCAUCACAGAAAGUGUCCUGAUGCCUCCAGAUCACGGAGAUGACGAGGAUGACUUUGACAACCUCCAGUCUCCGGGUCCAGACAGCCCAGACUCCGGCCCAGCCGAGCCACUGCCAGCAAUGGUUGAUCAGACGGAACAGACAACUCUGGUUCAUAAUGAGGAGGAGGCCUUUGCCCUGGAGCCCAUUGACAUCACUGUGAAAGAGACUAAGGCAAAGCGUAAGAGGAAGCUGAUUGUGGACAGUGUGAAAGAGCUGGACAGUAAGACCAUCAGGGCCCAGCUGUCCGACUACUCGGACAUUGUCACCACCCUGGACCUCGCCCCUCCCACGAAGAAGCUCAUGAUGUGGAAAGAGACCGGAGGAGUGGAGAAGCUCUUCUCUCUGCCUGCUCAACCCCUGUGGAAUCCAAGGUUGCUCAAGAUGUUCACGCGCUGCCUGACGCCUCUGGUGCCAGACGAGCUGAGGAAGAGGAGGAAGGGCGGAGAAGCCGACAGCCUGGAUGAGUUCCUCAAAGAGCUGGAGAACCCCGAGGUGCCUAGAGAGGAGGCCAUGAGUCAGAACAGAGAUGUUGUUGACCAGACUAUCAUUGAGGAGCCCAGCAUGCUGGCAGCCUCUGCGAUGGAGGGCAGCAGAACGACCCUGGAUGAGACAGCCAUGCCUCCUCCCUCCACCCCACGUGGUGUCAAGCGCAAGACCCUUGACAAAGAAAGCCCCCUCGCAAUGGCUACGUUGGAGCAGCAACAAGUUGACCGCUCAGUCUUGUCUCAGAGGUUAGAGAUGCCUCAGGUAGAUCUGCCCCCAGAGGAGACCCUCACCCUCACCCAGCUUGUCCCUGAGUUCGACCUCAUUGGCGAGAAAAGCAAAGACAAGAAGGAUGAUAGCGAUGAAGAAGAGGACGAGGAUGGUCAGACAGGAGACCAGGAUCAGGAGGAGAAGAGAUGGAACAAGAGAACCCAGCAGAUGCUGCACGGUCUCCAGCGUGUCAUGGCCAAGACUGGAGCAGACUCAGUCAGCCUGCUCGAAUUGUGCCGGAACAACAACAAGAAGCAGGCAGCAGCCAAGUUUUACAGUUUCCUUGUCCUUAAGAAGCAGCAAGCCAUCGAGGUCACCCAGACAGAGCCCUACAGCGACAUCGUUGCCACCGCUGGACCAAGAUUCCACCUUAUUUAGACAUUGGAAGAACAGAAAAAAACACUCUGCUUGCAACAGAUAUACUUUUUUAAUUACUCAAGUUUUUGGCCUUUUUUAUUUUGUUUUCCUGUCAGCCCAAUUUGUUUCUGGGGAAGGGGCGGGAGUAGCGGGGAACGGGUUGGAAACUUAAAAAAAAACAAGAUUUUACUGUACUACAGAUGGAAUCAUGCAGUAUUCAUUCGGGUAAAACGAAGUGAGGAAGAAUGUUUAACAAUUAUAUUUAUAAAACAACAUUUUUUUAGUCACCGAUUUGCAAGCUUGGUUUCAUUGUGUUUUGUAAGUUAAAUGUCCAUUGUCUGCUCAUUCCAUUCAGUUUUGUACUAUUGCCCCUGUCACCGGAUAUCGUUGAGAUUUUAGAUAAAGAGCCCUGUAUUUUCACAUGAAGUCCCUCAUUGACUCUACAUGUUCUGGAAAGGUACUGUUUUAUUGCUCCAAAGUGUAGCCUCUUCCACCUUCUCCUUGUUGCACUUGUUCUUUCAUGAUAAACAAAAAGGUUAAAAUGUCAAAAGAAAUCAGUAAAUCUUACCUGGCAUUAAAUAAUGUGUCUCAGAUGUAUAAUUCAGGCAGUUUUAUCAAUUCAGUUCUUUGGAUUUUUUUUUUUGUACCUUUUUAUGCUUAUUCACCUUUUUGCAUCAUGUAACUAGGUAAUGUACUUGUUACAGUUAAGUUCGGUAUCCCACCUUUUUAGUCUUAUGGUAACUUCUAGUUGUGAUACAUCUGUAAAGAUUUCAAAUAAACUGUUUUAAGUACUUGGUAAAA